CUGACAGCGUAAUCUUGUGUGGUCGUAUGCUGCACUCAUACUCGGUCGGGCUACGUGAACAGUUCAGCCACUGGUCGCAGCGUCGUCAUUACAAAUCGACGACGCAAGUUGAACGCAUUCGUCGCUAUCACAAAGUAUUCUACUCCUUAUAGGUCAAUUUUUAGACGCUUAUUCAUCUUUUAACAAAGAAACUGGCCUGUAACCAAGACCGACAGCUUGACGGGGGUGCAGGCAGCAACCGCCAUGGCGCAUACGCGCCCUUUCGCGCUGGUUUCACUCCUUUUGUUAGCAGUUGUCAAUGUUAAUGCAGUGGCAAGGCUUCAUAUUGACUUCCAUAAGGACGCUGAGUCGGCGACAGCUGCCCAGACCACGCUAAGAACUAAAGGCCGCAGGCUUCAUGAUGACUCAAGUGACAACGUUUGUUACGAAGGCUGCUUCGCAGCCCCCAUUAGCAACCCCUCAGCGCAGCCCUUCCCGCUCAACUUGACGGCGGUCGCUGCGAAUGGCUCCCAGCCCAUGUCCCUGCUGGACUGCUACACAGCCGCUCUCCAAGCCAACCUGACGUUCUUUGCCGUCGGCGGCGUCUACGGCUGCUACGGCGGCAACGAAAUGAUGACCGGCUGGGCCCUAGACUCCUGUCCGCUGGAGUGCGUCCCCGGGGGAAGCGGCGUCUGCGGUGAUGUGGGCAAGGCCUCCGUCUUCAGCAUGGGCUUGUGCCAGUACCUGGGCGGUCCAUGCGCCCCCGAUGAGAGCCUGCCGCCGCCGCCCAAGGCGCCCUCACCGCCGCCCCCGGGCCAACCCCCGCGCAAGCCCUCCCCUCCACCGCCUCGCAAGCAGCCCUCCGUCCCCACCAACGUCGACCCCGAGGCCUCCCCGCCCAGCGAUAUCGUGGAGGUGUACUCCCCUCCUCCCCCUCCGCCCUCCUCACCGCCACCACCCCCGCCACCAUCCCCCCCACCACCAUCCCCGCCGCCACCACCCCCACCGCCGUCGCCAUCUCCGCCACCGCCACCCUCGCCGCCGCCAGCUGGCAAGACCUACCACUGCAAGGCCGGUGUGGCGCUGCUGGGCACUCCGCUGCCGGGCCUGGACCGCGUGAAGCUCAACCCCGCGCACUCGGACGCGGUCAACACGGCCGAGUGUCAGAGCAUCUGCACGCAGGAGCCCGACUGCAUGGGCUACUACUACAAGACCACCACCUGGUGCUACCUGAUGUCGGAGGUGGUGUCCUUCACCAAGGCCUACAGCUCUGCCGUACAGGCGUGCAAGGUGCUGUGAGGGUUGAGAGGAUGCGCAUGAGAUGCAUAGCGGUGUGCGUUCCGCGCCGCGUAUGAUGAGCAGGGUACUUUUUGCAUGUUAAGACUAUUUAUAGGAUGCGCCAGCGCGCCAUCCGUGCGAAGCAUUCUUGCAUGCGUGUAUGCGCCAGUGGGGCAUGUAGAUCAUUAUCAGCG